CAGAAAACCUCAUGACGGCAAGUGAAGUUUUUAAUUAAAAUUAACCUAGUCUUGUCGUCUACACUUGCUCAAAAUUAACUGCAUUUGCUUAGCGAUUAAUUUGCCACGUGUUUUAUUCUUUGGAAGCCUUUUUGUGUUAUUUGUGUGAUAAAGAAAGAAAGAGAUAGGAAAGGGUCUUCUCUCCGUCAUAAAACUUUUUUGUUCUCCUCCUCUUCUUUUUUAUUCCGGUGGAGCUUAGAGGUUUUUUCUUCUUUUUUUAUUUAUGACAUCCACCCUACCUGAUUCACCCAUUGCACUUUCAUUGCAAGACAUAAUUUCUUUACCAACAGAAGCUGAACCACUAUUAGAGUUACUUAGCUAUGACCAGAUUGAGUCAAUUGAACAGACUCUUUUAAAAGUAAAAAAGAGAAAACGACUUAAAAAGGAAGCUGUCAAACAUAUGGAUUCAGUUGAACUCAAGGAAGGCAUUGAAUGGAUAUCAUUUGUUUGCUCACAUAAUCGAACUGUGAAACGAUACUCAAUACGCAUCGAUAUUCACCAAGUGUCAGAUUUAGAUAUCAUGGACGAAAAGUUUAAAAAUGAAAACUGUAUUUAUCCUCGAGCCAACGUACAAAAGGAUCAAUAUAGCGGUAACCGAUGGGCGUAUGAGACAGAGUGCAACAUCUUGGGGUGGAAACUAGCUUGGCUCAAUCAAGAGGAGAUUGCGGGAAAACGAGGAUUGAUUCAGCGUGCGGUAGACUCGUAUCGUAAUAGAUAUCCCAGUAUGCGAUCUCGUCGUGUCGCUCGUCAAGAAAAGUUAAUGAAUGGCACACUACGAAAACGAAAGUCGAGACAGAUUGAACCGUUGCCUAAAACAAUCAUGAUGGAUGAACAGGGACAGAGGAUAAGGAUCAAGAUCAACCUCGAUACAGUAUCCUUGGAUGAUAUCAGUGAUGAGUUUCGUAAGGCAAAUUGCCCUUUUCCGAGAGCCAUACAUGCACCUGCCAACGGAAGCAUUCGAUGGAUAGAAGAGUCAAGGUGUAACGAAAUCGCUUGGAAAUUGGCAUGGUUGAACCCUAAGCAUUUGGCAGGCAGAAAGAACUUGCUUCAGCGUACACUUGAUCUCUAUCGCAACAAGUUUGUCCCAGAUCUUUUACCGCGUAAACAUUCAAAGCGACACUUUCCUCAUCAUGAUCUUUAUCAGCUCAAUUUCUUAGAUGGCUCAUCUUCGUAUUCAGAUAGUACCCUUUGUACACCUAGUCCCUCACCUCAGAAUGACCCCAACGAUUUUUUUGAUGAGUUCAUGACACUUAACAACUAAUUGCGCAAAAAAAUAAUUUAUUUGUACAUAAUAAACAUUUUCUUGUAUAUACAUUCAUUGGGUUCAAUUCAUACCACAUACAG